UACAAAAGUAUUUGGCUUUAAAUUGUUUGAAUUGUUUGGAUGAAUAUGAUUGACAUCUAAAGCCCUAUCGUUGAGGCCAUUGAGGGGCGGAUUCUGGUUGAGUGAGUGAUGGAAGAGUAUAGCCAUCCGUUGAUUGAAUCCACGAAUUCUCACUCAAAUGACACUCAAAGACGAGUAUAUAAGAGACGAUGGAUUAUAUUGACUAUUGUAUCGCUCAUUAAUAUAUGCAAUGCUGCGGUUUGGAUAUCAAUGGCUCCGGUGGCCGAUAAAGCGGCCCAUUUCUAUGAGACGGACCAAAAUAAUAUUGACUUAUUUUCGUCCAUAUUUUUUGUGUCCACAAUUGUUAUCGGAUUUAUUGCCAUUUGGAUUGUCGAUAGGAAUGGCCUAAUGCUCGGAAUAUAUUUAGGAUCUAUAUUAAAUGCCCUUGGUAUAUCGUUGCGGGCCUUAAGUAGUGCUGAUUUUAUUGUGAAUUCAUUAACUCUGUCAAAGAGAUCACAGUUUAUUGUGGCAAUUGUGGGGCAAAUGAUUGCCGGAUUGGCGCAGCCUUUUGUAUUAUUCAGUCCUACAAAAGUGGCCGAACUCUGGUUCUCAACUAAUCAAAGAGCUUUUGCCACCACUAUCACUGGAAUGUCUAAUCCAAUGGGAAUUGUUUUGGGAACUAUUAUUUCUCCUUUAAUUGUCACAACUAGUAACAAAAUCCCACUUUUGAGCAUAGUUUGGUGCAUACCAUCGGUGGUCACUUUGUCUUCCAAACCUCCCACUCCUCCCAGUGAUAGCGCAGAAAUAGUUAACUCAACGCCUUAUUUCACAGCUAUUAAAGAGCUAUUCAAACAAAAAGCUUAUCUAAUGUUAUUGUUAUACAUGGGAUGUGGUGUCGGGAUGUUCUCAGCAUUGAUCACAAUAUUGGAAGAAAUUCUUGAGAGCAAAGGAUAUGACGAUUCCUUCGCUAGUGUUUGCACAGCAAUAAUGAUAGGUUCGGGUGUUUUGGGCGCCGCAGCAGUCAGUCAUGUGGUCGACAGGAAUAAGAGAUACAUGACUGCAAUGAAACUAUCUGUUGGUCUGACGGCUAUCGCAAUCAACGGACUAUUAGUUUCAUUCAAUUACUCUGAUAUAAAACAUAUAAUUUCUAUAUUCUGUGCAAUAUUUGGAUUCUUUGGAUUCAUGUCAUAUCCAUUGGGUUUAGAAUUGGGAAUCGAGUGUUCGUUUCCAGUGGUACCGGAAGCCACGUCUUCUGGAUUCCUAAUGAUUUGCGGACAAAUUCAAGGCAUUAUAUUUACAUACCUUAGCACUCAAUUAGCCAAUACUCAAAAAUUCUUUAAUAAUAUUGGCGUCAAUUUAUAG